GGGUUGAAGAGGUUGAGUAGAGGAGAAGGAUUGGUCUUAGGGAGAACCGUCCGUACAGGUCCGUACCAUGGCCGUACGGCCGUACAGACGGUAUCGACCAUGCGGUAAAGAAGUGUUACCGCAGGAAGAAGUUACUCGACCAGAUCACGUUUUACCUCAACCAAAGAAGGCAUAUGACCGUUGGUGGGAAGAGGAGGAGCGUCUCUACAGGCUGGCACAAGCUGGAUGGAUAAGCUUCACUUUUAGAAUAGUGACCACGCGUGUGGAGAGGCUCAUUGGUCCGGUUUAAAGUAAAGGCUUCCUUAGCUUUGACCUCACAUGCUUAGCCUCUCCAUAAACCCUAGUAUCACACUCCUAUAUAUUGUAAACACUCUCUCAUGGAUUAUACAUAAUCUCCCCAUUUCUUUCACAAUCUCUCCUAAACUUCUCUUAAUCUCUUAACAAAUCUCUCUUAAUCUCUCAAUACCUACUCUACUCUCUAAAAUCUCAUGGUAUCAGAGCCAGGUUGGCUUUGGUAUUGAGAGAUCCUUGUUCCUUUCUUUACAUUUGCGAGUUUGUUCUUGUGUGAUAAAGAAGAGGAGAUGGAGACGACCAACUUUAGCAAACUGGUAACGGUUCCGGUUGCACUGAAAGGAGGCUCGAACUACUUGAUGUGGUCUCAGUUGGUGAGGACAACCAUUGGAAGGCUAGGGCUGUGGAACCACAUCACAGAUGAUGGCCCGGAGCCAGUGGCCAAAGAAGAUGAAGAAGAAGGCGACGGGAAGACUCUUGCGGUAGCUGAAGCAAAGAGAUGAGUCCAAGAGAAUUUGAUGGUGCUGUCUGUGCUCCAUGCCUCUCUGGAGCUCCCCAUCCUUGAAGCUUACGUGCACUUUGAGACUCCUAAGCGCCUUUGGGACAUGCUCCAUAAGAGGUAUGGAAACAAGUCCAACAUAAGUCGUGUGUUUGAUCUGAAGCAAACCAUCAGCGUCUUGAGGCAAGAUGGAGAAGAUCUCACCAAGCACAUGGGGAAGUUUGGAGCUUUGUGGUCCGAACUUGAGAGUCUUAGACCCAACACAACUGAUGAGGAAUCGCUCAUUGAGAGGAGAGAGCAAGAUCAGGUGUUUGGGCUAUUGAUGACUCUAGAUGAAAGCUACCAGGAUGUGAUUAAACAUAUCCUGAGAUCACCUGCUCUCCCAUCCAUGGAGGAGGUAUGCGCACAACUUCAGAAGGAGGAAGGCUCUCUUGGGUUGUUUGGAGGCAAGAAGGGAAUGUCAACGGCUCAUAAAGCGGAAGAGGCGCAAGCAAACAAGGCAGCGUACCGUGGAGAUGGAAGGAAGUAUGAGAAGUAUGAGGGAAGCUGUGAGCAUUGCAAGCGGCAGGGGCAUAAGAAGAACCAGUGCUGGAUUCUACAUCCACACCUCAGGCCGAGCAAGUUCAACAAGGAUAGAGAAGCUAAGGCUCACCUUUCUGCUGAAGCAAGUGGUGCUGGCUCAUCAGGGGCUAGUCCAAAUGUCAAGGCGGGUGAAAGUGAAGGCAGAGCUCUAACUUCUCAGGAGGUGAUCACCAAGGCUGACUUUGAGGCAUUCAUCCGAGCCCUCUAGGAGUCUGGAUAUUAAGAGCAGUAAGUUGAUUGGGCAAGGAGCAACCAAGGGGGAUCUUUAC